CCCAGCCUCCACCCUUGGCCUGCAGGGACAGCGAUGGCGGGGCGGCGGUUGCCCGCUCCCCGUCCAGGCGCUAUCUCGCUCGCCGCCCUAAGGAGGCAGCGUCCGCGCCAGCCUAGCCCCGCCGCCGGCCGGGAGCCUCCUCAGGCGUCUCCAAGCCCCUGACCCCCUCUGGACUCCCGGCGAGGCUGCCUAGUGCCCAGCCACAAAGGCGGCCCCCGCCUCUCCUCCCAGCUCCCGCUCGCGCUUCUGCGCUGUGGAUUUGGCGCACCUGACCCGCGCUGGGCGACUGCAGAGAGGCGGCUGGCAAAGUAGCGGCGGACUCGGGGCUGCAGGCUUGGCCCACAGCAGGGCUCUGUCCAAGAUGAGUUCCUCGUCGCUGCUGGAGGAGAGCUCCAUUGAGCCGCCGGUGCUGCUGAGCGACAUCAAGACGGAGCCCCCCGAGGAGCUGCUGGCCAGCGACUGCAACCAGCCCCAAGCCGAGCCGGUCGACCUCUCCCUCAACAAGCCCAAGGCCUCACUGCAGCCUUCCUCCUCCUCCACCUCCUCUUCCUCCUCCUCCUCCGUCCGCUCCUCGCCCAUGCUGGCCGUACCCCCCGUCCAGGCCCCCAUGGUCUCCAUGUCGCCCGCGGGGCUGGGCUCCUCCUCGGCCAUCCCUGCCGUGCUCUCUCCGGGCUCCAUCCUGGCCUCCACCCAGGGCAGCGGUGGGCAGCAGAUCCUCCACGUCAUCCACACCAUCCCUUCCGUCAACCUCCCCAGCAAGAUGGGCAACCUCCAGACGAUCCCGGUCGUGGUCCAGUCCCUGCCCGUGGUCUACACCACCAUGUCCAGCGACGGCGUCACCGCUGCCAUCACCGUGCCGCUAAUUGGCGGCGACGGCAAGAACGCCGGCUCUGUGAAAGUGGACCCCAGUUCCAUGUGCCCCGUUGAGAUCAACAGCGACAGUGAGGAUAGCACCUCAGAGAGUGGCCCGGCUUCCUUCCCUGACCUGCAGAGAGAGCCCUCGGUGGGGCGAAUGCCGCGGGCAGAGUCCCCCGACUUGAAGAAGAGGCGGAUCCACCAGUGCGACUUCGAAGGCUGCAACAAAGUUUACACAAAAAGCUCACACUUGAAAGCACACCGGAGGAUACACACAGACAAAAGAGACGAUUUCUCGGGUUUACUGACCUUCCCCCCGUCUCCCCCUGCAGGAGAGAAGCCCUAUAAAUGCACCUGGGAAGGCUGCACCUGGAAAUUUGCGCGGUCCGACGAGCUGACCCGGCACUUCCGGAAGCACACAGGCAUCAAGCCCUUCCGCUGCUCGGACUGUGACCGCAGCUUCUCGCGCUCCGACCACCUGGCCCUGCACCGCCGGAGGCACAUCAUGAUGUGAGGGGGCUGCCCCCACCAGCCACGGAAGGAGGAGAGCGGCUUCCCCAGCGGGCUGGAUUCCUGCCUGGCGCUGGCGGCCACAGCGGAUGGAGGCCAAGAACCCUCCCGCCCCCAAGACCUUGCCAUCUGCCAGACUCUGUGGGAAGAGCCACAGCAGUGUCUGGAUUUCCUGCCUUGGCGGUACCUAAGAACAUCAGAACAGCCCUGCUGGAUCAGGCCCAAGAAGGCCCAUGUAGCCCAGCAUCCUGUUUCACACAGUGGCCCACCAGCUGGCAUCAGGGGCCGCAGGUGUGUGGCCGUCCAGGCCUGAUGAAUGCCUGGACUGGCACCGAUGGCUUCAGGCAUAGGGUGGCUGCUGACUCCUCCUUUCUCUGUGUCAGAGUGAAAUGCAGCUUCCCAGGAUUUCCAGAUCUGCCUCUCCAUGCAGCAAAGAUUGUGGGGCAGCUGGGAGUUGGGAGUUCUCCACAUGCGCUUCUUGGCUGCAGCAAAAACAAAACACGAAAUCCCUAAAAGUCAGACUUUUGGGGAGGAACCCAGAAUGGAUUAGGUUUUUAAAAAAAAAAAAAAGUUUUAACGAGCACUGAAACAAAGUCCUAUAUAUGAAAUGUUGGCUUGGAAUCUGUCGUUCCAUCUCUGAAUGCUCAGGGUUGGAUUUCUUUUGGCACGAUUCGCUUAUGAAUUUUUUUCUAGGAGUCUGUUUUUGACCCCUUGAAGUCUGACGUGAAAUGUUGGAUACCUUCCCCUGAAUCCGGUGACUUCGAUACUCUCCCAUCAAGAGACAUAGGUCAUCAAAUUGUGCAGAAAAACUCAAGAUUCCAAGAUAAAUUUUUAAAAAUGAGAACCAUUUUGUUGAGCUUGGGGGUUUGGUUUGGUUUUCUCCAAGGGAGGGGCUAUUUUUAAUCUGGUUGGAUCUCUAUGUGGUGAGGCUGAUUCCACCCACACCCUGCUGCUCUCUUCCUGUGGGUUUCUGUUGCUCUGGGGUGGCUGGCAACGGAGGAGGGAGGGGGCAACAGAGUUGGGUGGGGCCAAAAACAAGAAAAAAGGGAAAACUUUUGCGGAACAUAGAACUGUGACAAAAACUCGAUUAGAUUUGAGGAGGGUAUAUGGGAGUUUUUAAUUCUGCCUCCAGUUUUGGAGCAGAGAAGAUGGACAGACCUUUCCAACUUGGUGACCACCAUGUGGAUGGCUUAGUGUGUCUUUCUCUCGGCAGAAAGCUGGACCCAGCAGCAGCCUUGAAUGGUGGGACUUGAACCCGGGCGUGUGAAUGUCCAAGGGGCAGCAUUUAAUUGAUAGACACACAUUGCAGGUCUUUAGAACUUGCUUUCUCUUUCCCUGCUCUUGGGAGAGUCAAAUAUGAACAUGGUUUUCCAGAAGCUCCUGUGUGUGUGUGUGUGUGUGUGUGUGUGUGUGUGUGUGUGUGUGUGUGUGUGGUUUGUUUUUUUUUGUCUUCCACACCCCUGUCAAAUUCAGAUUGGAUGAAGCAGCUCUGUUUUGUAGCUGCUGUGUUACAAGGUUAGGCUGGAAUGGGAUCUGGAGGAACGAAAGGUGGAAAAAAGGAAGGGCCCCUCUGCAUAAGUUCGAUGCCAAUCCCCUGUAAGGAACAGGGAGCAGUGUUGCAUGGAUGGGGAGGCAGGUAUAGGAAGAGAAUGUCAUUCUUCAGGACGUUGGGCCCUCCUUCACACUCAAGGUUGUGCACACCCCAUACUGAAAAGGUGGUCUCUGUGUGUGCCUUCCCCUGUAGAGCAUAAUUUUGCUUCCUUGUAUAAACCUGCUGCUUCUGGUAAUGGGGCACAGUAGGAUUCUUUGGAAAAAGAUAUCCCAGCCCCUUUCCACACCCGUUCCCUCUAACAGGGAUUCCCAGAUGUUGUUGACUACAACUCCUAGAAUCCCCAAGCAAAUGCCAUUGGAGAUGGGGAUUCUGGGAGUUGUAGUCAACAACGUCUUGCAAUCCCUGUUGGAGGGAGCAUGGUCCCACACUCCUGGAAGUCCUGCUCAGCUUUCCUUUGAGUUUAGAAAUGUCUUGCUGUUGCCCGUUCCCUCUCUUCCCUCCCAACCCUGCCUCCAAACGGUGUGCCUUUGGAGAUUAGCGGCUUGUUUUAAGGAGCCAGCUCAGAUGGCUCUUCUCUCUUCCCACCCUGCCUGCGGGCUGGCCAUUCGUCAGGUAGAGCUGCACAGUGAACCGCACAGUUCUACCUGUUGAAUCACCAGCCUGCAGGCAGUGCGGGAAGAGAAAGGAGUAGCCUGAGCUGGCACCAGGAAGAGGCAGCUGCACCUCCUUUGCCGUGACCCUCUGGCUCUCUAGGAUGAGCCCCUUCUGGUUGAGUGACACAAUCUUGGAAAUGGGACAUGCCCCACUCUGGUUUUUCUACAUUGCCUCCGUGAUCCUGUUUCACCUCAUAUUGUCUUCCCAGACAGGCGGCGGAAUUCAGGGGGUCGAGCAAAGUUCUUCUCUAACUAUGUUCAUGUUUAUCCUUUUAUUAAAGGCCACCAAUGGUGUGAUGUA